GCCAUCAUAACCAAAACCAAGAGGGCCACCAAAGAAAGCACCUGCUAAGUCUAAGGCAGUUGAGAGUGAUGAUGAGGAUGAAGUACUCGAGUUAAAAGAGCGUCUGGCCGCUUAUAACCUCAAUUCUUCUCCCGAUCAUUCUGCUAUGGAGAUCGAAGGCCUGGUAAGUCAAGUAGAACCAGAGAAAGAACCAAGCAAAGGAGCUGCUGCAAGAAAAGCACCAGCAGCCAUAACACAUCUUUCCGAUGAAGAUGGUGAUGAUGAUCAGAUGCCAACAAUUCUUGAAGGCAAUGAUGAUGAUGAUGAUGAUGAUGAGUUUGAGCUAUUGGAAGAAGCAGCACCCAAAGAGAAGAAACCAGCUAGAGGGAGAAAGCCAGCUGAUGAUAAGCUGAAAGCUGCGGUGGGCACAAGAAAAAGGGGGCCAGCACAAAACAAGCCUGCUCUAACUCAGAAGCUGAUCACACAAGUGCUUACGCCUUCAGAAAAAGCCAAGAUAGCUUCCCCAAAGAAGAAGGUGAGAAAAACGAGAGCUUCUCCCUUCAAUAAGAAGAGUGGUACGUUAUUGGGCAAUAGGAUCCUUAGUUCUUCUGUGAGCAGUGAAGAUUCUGGUGGACAUGCUUCUGAGGGCAGUCCAGCAGAAGUCGUUGCUCUAGUGAACCGACCUAAGAGAAAUAACAUACAAAGAGCGGUUUACAUAGAUAGCGAUUCUGAAGGGGAAGAAGAGCAACCUAUUACUGAUGAUUCAGAUUUUGCAGAGGAUGAAGAUUAAUAUCUCUUUGGUCGAAAUGAGGCUAGUAGUGAGUGUAACCACUAAGAAAAUUGGCUAGUGUUGUUUGUAAAAGUUAACUUCUCGCGCUUAGUAGUAAGUAUUGCCAGUGCUAACGAAACUUUGAUCAUCUUCUUCUUUUGAUGUAUUGAGGUAGCAGAAGACAAAGUUGAUGUCCCAAUUCUCUUUCACUUUGAAGAAUAGUUUCCUCAACUCUAUUAUCUUUUACGAUGAUUAUCACUCAUUCGUUUUAGUUAAAA